AUGUCUUCGUUGGAGCCCCGUCAGCCCGCGCUCUCGAUGUACGAUGACUCGAGCAAGCUGCUGAAUCUCUCGUCAUUUCUUGCACCUACCAAGAUCCCUUUCAGCCUCCUCAUCCGAGGCUCAUCACCCCGCAAUCGAUGGAAUUCCCAGGGCGAUAUCGAAAGCGUGGACGCAAGCGCUGUUGGUCUCCCUUCAGCUCUAGCCAACGUUCUAUCGAACCAGCAAAGUCUGGUAUCUGCCAUGACUCGUCUGCCUCACGCUUACAUCAAGAUCUCACAUCAGCUCUAUGAGGUUGAUGGGGAAAUUGCCCAUCUUGCUCGCCAGAGACACGCUCCAGAUGAUCAGACACACUGGAAGAACCGGGCCUUGAUCGUCGCGUACAGAUCGAUUCCUUGGAAGUAUCUGGAGACUGUUUCUGACGACCCGACUCUGGCCUUCCCACACCUGAAGCAUACGCUUAAGGCCUGCUCAGAUGACUUCCCCGGCCUCUCCAAUGCUGUAAAGAUCGAUCUCGGACUCACCCUCGUUGAGUCAUCCCGGUUCUCCGACAUGGCUUGGAAGCAGUUCGCCAUUGGCCAAGCCAAGCGCGUGUCAGUUGGUGUUGAGAGCCCAUAUCUCGCCUCUCGCAUUGCACUAGCGGAAUGCGUUUUGAAUCGCAUUGAGGGUUCCAUGCUUCAAUCCGCAGCCAAUCUGGCCCCCAGAAGCAGCGAAGAGGCUGCUCUUGAUGAGAGAAUGCAUUCGAUCGCUGGCCAGCACGCAAUCCAGCGAGCUCUCAACUUUAUGCAAAUCGAAGCACUGAAAUCAGCCGAAGAGGUGCUCGAAACUUGGUCUCCCCUGAGUGAGACCCCAUCUCCAAUGGAGAAAGCAGUGGACUUCAAAAAGCGCGUCGUCCGGGGCAGGUCUCUUCGUCAACGGGGGGAAACCCACCAAGCCAUCAUUCUACUCGACGCAGGGCGUCGUUUGUCUCAACAGCCUAGCGAGAUUGUCCUUGAUGAAGAUCUCCGCGACCUCAUCUGCGAGCUUGCUGACGCGCUACGAGAGUUGGUUCUUUUCACAUGGGCCGAAAACGUUCUGCGGUGGGAGAUCGAACGCCGUGAAGGAGCCUACAUCCCCGUGAUGGGCAAGGGCCUUUUAGAGUUGUCCCUGGCGGAAGUGCUCUUUUCCCGAGGACAAUACUACAAUGCCAAAGUGCUUUGUCUCAAUGCCUUGAAGGAGUUCCCUCGUCUCAAGUAUGAGAAGAUUCGAGCCUACAUAAUUCUGGCCAAGGUUUACCACGUCAUAUCCAACUUCGAGAAGGCACGCUCAUACUGGACCAUGGCUUUGGAGGCUGUCAACAGAUUCCCUAGUGAGAGCUCAAGAACAUCUCGUAUCAUCCUGAGAUCUCUCUGUGAUGCGGCCGGGAACGAUGAGUUGCGGGAGCAGUACCAGAAGCAACUAGCACGCCUUUGUGCUCAGGGGGAAGCCGGCGAUAUGAAGUUUUGGAUCGGGGGUAUGCCUAGUUGGGAAAAGUACCUAGAGAACAGGGAAUCUAAGGCCCGGGCCAACUAG